AUUUUGAUGUAUAUUAUUCUUUACCUACGUUGGCAUUAUCAGAAUUGAGUAGAGUAGUUAUCUUGAAACUGAAAAUUCAUUACCUAAAAUCUGAAAUUAUCGCAAGCUUGUUGGUUCAACAACUGCAACAACUGAAAACAAGAAAAUCGGUUGGCAUAGACCGAUUGUCAAAGUUGUGUCAACCCCAAGUUUUGCUUUUGUCAAAAAAAAACGUAUUAGUUAUUUUGUGCUUAUGUUUGUUUAAUUAAUUGAUAGUGAUUAACUCCAAAUCCAAACGGAUGAUGCCGGAGACUCCAAAAUCAUCGGUUAUGACAGCAAAUACAAAACCGAAUAAUGUGUUCCAUAUUUGGUACCCUGAACUGUGUCGAAGACUGAACAGCAGUUCUCCAGCCGUAGUACGACCCUUGAAUCCUAAAUGUACCACAGUGUUGGAUUUUGUGGCCGACAGGUUGAAAAUGGAAGAUUGGAGUCCACUUCUGAAUGCACUUCGACAUGAUACAAGUUUACAUGUUAUAAAUAUUAGAAGUAGGAUGAGCAACUGUCAGUUUUUGCACGAGGUUGACACGGAAGAUAAGGCCCGUCGCAUGAGGCGCAAGUACGGUGCCCUUUGGACCGAUUAUAUCCUAAAUUCCCUGGUGAGAGCCCUAUCGUUUUCGAUGAAAAAAACGCAGGUACUCACCUGCCUAGAGUUAGAUGGCUUACCGAUGUUCAGUCACUAUUUAGAUGGAUUACUUAAAGCACUGGUGGAAAACAGAACCCUGAAAAAUUUUUCUUUGACGAAUUGUUCGAUAGAGGACGCUGGUUGUCGUUCCGUGUGUUUGUGUCUCCAGUUGUUACCGAACGUGGAAUGGCUCAAUUUGACCAGAUGUGAUUUGUCUUCAGUCAGUGGAAUGUAUAUAGCUAAACUAAUAAAAUUUCAACAGCUCAAUCGAUACACAACGAGUUGGCAUAAAUCUCUACGUUACUCCGAGCCGGAUUCUGAUAAAAUGUGUGGUAUUAGACGAGUUACUCUGAAUGCUAACCUCAAACUGGGGGACGCAGGUCUUAGCUACAUUCUGAACGAAUUGGAGGAUGAUCUGUGGAUCAAAGCGUUAGAUGUUCAGAAGUGUGGCAUCACCGAAGAAAUUUCCAACAGAAUACUAGAUAUCCUUCAGUACAACCGAUCGUUAAAAAUCGCUGAUUUCAGACAAAACGAAGAACUCCAUCCCUGCACUCUCGAAAAGAUCUUGGAAAUACUCAAGGAGAAAGAACAGGAUGACGAUGGUGAAAAUUCAUUUCAGUGGUGUAAUUCAGUAUUAUCAUUGUGUCCAUCGACCCUUAAUACUACUUCAAGAACGUCCUGUUAUGAGAGGAAUAAAACCGUGAUUUUACCAUCGAAGAAAUGUAAUGUCGCUGGUAAAACAGUGAACAGAUCUAAAACUUCAAUAGAUAUUGUACGGAAUGGAAAGAACGGUUACUGUGACAGCACAAUACCCAGAAAAAAAUUGAUAGAAGUGAAAAUUAUGGAAACGUUCAAUAUUGAUAAAGCAGAUUCUGAAUAUAGCGGUGUGAAUGUAAAGAAAACGGAAGUUGAGGUUUGCAACAGUGUACCAAGGACGAAGAAUUCAAAGAUUCAUAGACAGAAUAAGAUAAAUCAUACCAGCAUAACAAAUAGUAUAGUUAAAACCUUCGGAAAGCUGCAAAUUUCCAAAGAUCACAAAGAUGCCCCCAACAACUCACCGGCUGAUUCGCCCAUUCGAAAAAAAGACAACCUAAUACAUUUGAAUGGCAUCAAGAUCAACGGUUUGAUAAACGGCCUCAAGAAGGAGGAACCUAAAGAGGAACCCGAAGACGAAGCUCAACCAUUGAAAAGUGCUAGUUGCCUUUUCGAAGAAAUGAUGGUGAAAGCACCGACUGAAGAAGUAUCAGAAGAUGCAGCAUGUUUAUUGAGUCCUUACUUGAGUGCUGAGGAAAAAUGCGUUUUGGAAAAAAGUGACGUAUCCGAGAGCCAGGUGUCCUUGUUCGACUUUAUGCAGGAUUUGAAAGGAGGUGAGGAAGAACAGCCUGUAGAGCAAGUAGAACAAGUAGAUCAAAAGAAAUUCAAAUCGAAACACCGUUACAAGGGAAAGAAAAAUGGGAUCAAGUGAAAUCUGUCAACCGCUUGCUACUGUGAUUUUUGAAUACCCUAUCAGUUAUAAAUAUAUUUAUUUGGAUCCUUCUUCAGAAUAAAAGAAGUUUCAAUA